CGUCUCUCUCUUUCUUUCUUCCAUUUCAAGCCGUCUCUUGUCUUCUAGAUCGCCGUCAUGAUCUUCCCCCGUGCGGGUGGCAUCGAAUGCCAAACCGCUGUUGCUUCUGACUACUAUGGUCUCGGCGUCCGUCUCGGCAUCUACUUCGCCUGGCUCCAAGCAUACCUCGCCAACACGUUGCUGGCCUCGGCCAUUCCCUCGGCCGCCGACACCAACACCAUUUUCCUCCUCACCCUCCUCAUCGCCAUGCUCAACGACUCCGUCAACGCCACAUUGAGCCAGGCCGACGGUCUGGUUCUCAUGCACCUCUGUGGCGGCACUGUGUUUGGCACCCUCUCCCUCUGGGGCUACCGGACCCGUCUAUACAAGGACAAUGGGCCCGCCGCCGUCCGUUUAUUCGGCGGCUACGGCACUCAUAUCCGCUUGCUCAUCUGUCUCGCUGUUAGCACUUACGGAAUCUGGUUCUGGGGCUGGGGCGUGACAGGCAAGCUUGACUCCAUGACGGACUUGCAAGGCUUGAAGCCUCCUAAUCCCUCGGAAUGUUCCGAGACUUUCACCUUCUUCUUUGCAAAGUUGCCCAUCACGGGGGGCAUCCGCUACUACUACUUAGUUGUCAGCGCGUGCUGCACAGCCUGGUUCGGCGCCAUGAUGCUGGUGUCUGGUCUUGCUGGAUGGUUCUGUCUGGAGAACCUCCGGGGCUCCUUUGCGAAGAAUUGGGCCAAUACAGCGCGAGCUGACGCAUGGUCUCGUCCUCGUUACGUGACAGGCCUAAAGACUAAUGAGUAUGCCCUACAUGUCUUUGAGCUUCUUUCAAGACGGUGCUAAUCAAGUGUGAGAAGACUCGUCAUAAUGCACAGGGUCCUUCGCGUAGCCAACCUCGUCUGGCUUAUUUACUCGAUUGUCAUGGUUGAAUUUACACUCAACUUCAACAACAUCGCGGGCGUCCUCGGUGGACGUGAUGGGAAUGCCCUAUCAAACCCAGGCCAGCU